AUGGCCGACUACACAUACCAAUCGCUGGCCAACAUGGGGCCACAAGGGCGAUGGCGACGUGUUUUAUUGACCGCUAUGAUACCCAUGGCGCUGGCUUUGGUUUACUUCAGCUAUCCUUCUGCAUACGUCCCGAGCAGCCUUCGGUCACAGUACCCACACACGCAAAAUGUCUCUCUACCCAAAGAUGACGUCUCGAUGGCGACAAUAAUAAAAGCCCUCUACGGUCCGAUAUUACACCCCAUCGACGCCGCCAACUUUACCGACGAAGAUGGAGACAUAUACAGACUAUCCGGGGAACCAAAAUUCAAGAGCAAGCUAGGCAAGAAGGUGCUUAUAUUGGACAUUGAUAGCCGACCGUUGACGGAUAAGGGUCAGCUUAUGGACCCGCAUUUGAAGUGGAAGGGCAUGCGCUCGUUAAGUGCUGGCAUGCUGGGGCAUUACAUGUUCGCACAAAUACACGGUUACGAUUACAAGUUCAUUCGCGCACCCGAUUACGCCGACCGGUGGGGCACAUGGGUCAAGGUUCCAAUGAUGAAGGAAGCGCUCAAGACCCAUGAAUACAUUGUCUUCAUGGACUCAGACGUCAUGUUCCACUACCCCCACCUGCCUCUCGAGUGGCUGCUCAACUACUGGAACAUGACCGACGAUACCCUUGCCAUGAUGUCUAUCGACCCAAACGAGCCGCAGAACUACGAUGCGAAGGGCAACCGAUACCUCAAUACCGGAUUCGUCAUCGCACGACAGAGCAAGAGGACACAAGAGAUGUACAAGGCCUGGGCGGAAUGCCCUUCUGAGACCAAGUACAAGGGCUGCGCGCGUUGGAAGACGGAUUGGGCGCACGAACAAGCCGCCUUUGGAAAUUAUCUUCGAUAUGACUACGACCGACCGGACGAUAUCCGUGUUCUCCCUUGCGUCGAAGCCAAUGGGGCACCCGAGGCUGCGAACCGGGGUGGUUGCAAGGGCGUUUUUGUACGACAUUUCUGGGUCGACAAAGGCCUUGUAGCUAAGAACCUGGCGGACAGCGUCAUGCAGUACUUCCUACCGCGAUUGCACGAGGCGUACCUGGGCUCAGCGAGUGAGCACAUCGUGGAUGCAAAGGGGUUCAAGCUUGAAGGUGCGGAGCUGAUUGAGAUGACCGAAGAGGAAAAGGCCGCUGCCAAGAAAGGGAAGGGUAAGAACCAGAAGGACGAAGGAUGGUAG